GGGACGAGCAGAGACUAUAACUCGAUGAGGAAGCAGCCAUCUCCCUGGUGCUCCCCAGUGCUCAGCAUAUGGUACCCAUUGAUGUACUGAAUGGAUAAGCGAAUGGACAAUUGAAAAAUGUUCUAAUCAUUAUGGAGAUGAGAAGACUGAGCCUCAGGGAAGCGACGAGGCUCUCCUGAGGACACAGGGCUGGAGAGCCACAGAGAAGGCGCUUGAACCACAUCUGGGCAUCUAGGAGGCCCGCACUGGUUCUGCCUCUGCUGACCCUCAAGGCUGAUUCCUUACGUCCUAGCAGUUACCUCUUCAGAGGGGCCUUCCCCGGCCACUCCUCCUACAAAUAGAAAAGUUUCACAAAGGAGAAGGCAAGGACGAAGAAAAGUACAUUGAUGUGGUGAUUAAUAAGAACAUGAAGCUGGGACAGAAAGUGUUGAUUCCUGUAAAACAGUUCCCUAAGUUCAACUUUGUGGGAAAACUUUUGGGGCCACGUGGCAAUUCUCUGAAGCGCUUGCAAGAAGAAACCUUGACAAAAAUGUCCAUCCUUGGAAAAGGCUCCAUGAGAGACAAGGCAAAGGAAGAAGAGUUGAGGAAAAGUGGAGAAGCAAAGUACUUCCACCUCAAUGAUGAUCUCCAUGUUCUGAUUGAAGUGUUUGCCCCGCCAGCAGAAGCCUAUGCCCGGAUGGGACAUGCUCUGGAGGAAAUCAAAAAGUUCCUCAUUCCGGACUAUAAUGAUGAAAUCAGGCAAGCACAGCUCCAGGAAUUAACAUAUUUGAAUGGUGGUUCAGAAAAUGCAGAUGUACCAGUUGUUCGAGGGAAACCUACCUUGCGUACAAGAGGUGUACCGACCCCAGCAAUAACCAGGGGGAGGGGAGGAGUCGCGGCCCGGCCAGUGGGAGUCGGGGUACCGCGAGGGACGCCGACUUCCAGAGGAAUCCUUUCCACCCGAGGGCCAGUGAGUCGAGGAAGAGGACUUCUCACUCCCAGAGCAAGAGGCGUCCCCCCAACUGGGUACAGACCUCCACCGCCGCCCCCGACACAAGAGACCUAUGGAGAUUAUGACUAUGAUGAUGGAUAUGGCGCUGCUUAUGAUGAACAGAGUUAUGAUUCCUAUGAUAACAGCUAUAGCGCCCCAGCCCAAAGUGGUGCUGAUUACUAUGAUUAUGGACACGGACUCAGUGAAGAGACUUAUGAUUCCUACGGGCAAGAGGAGUGGACAAACUCAAGACACAAGGCACCCUCGGCGAGGACAGCAAAGGGCGUCUACAGAGACCAGCCAUACAGCAGAUACUGAUUGUACUGUCUGAUGUUGUGACAUAGCCAGUCUCCACCAGUCCUGUAUACUGUUCAAAGUAAUUGUUUUCUAUGAACAAUCCCUUUUUAAAUAAAUCAAAAUGCUUAACAUCUGAAUGGAUGGAAUUUAAAAUUACUUUGUUGAAACAUCAACCUGGGCAGAAAAAAGAAAAAAAAAAAGACAUGUAAAAUUUUGUUAUUUCCAGUCUGUAUAUGAAAAAAUAGGUCAUCAAAAGGAAAAAAAAUAACUUUGAUUAACUAGUGUUAAACAAAAAAGAUAGGUUUACUAAAUAUGUUAAUCCAUCCUUUUAACAUAAGCCUCACCUUUCAUUUUAAAGGUUUCCAUAGAAAUUUAGUUAUUUUAUCUUUCAGCCAUAUGCUAGUUUUUUUUUUU